AUGCUGACCAUUGUGCUCAUCGACCUCUUGCAGCUCCACCCCAGGCUGCGGAAGCUGUUCCACUAUGAGGCGGGGGCAAUCUCGAAGCCCGAGGGCUGGGAAGACGAGGCCGUGCUGAAAGAGGCCAGUUCCAUGCCGCUCACUUCCGAAGCCGCGGUGCACGUCUCAAAUGUGCGGAAAGUCUACGGUCCGGUGGGGCUCAACAAGUGCUGCGGCAGCAUGAGGAGUGCCCUCCACGCGGUCAAGGGUGUGAACUUUGGGAUGAGGUAUGGGGAGGUUUUUGGUCUGCUUGGCACUAAUGGUGCUGGCAAAAGCACGAUGUUCAACAUGAUCGCAGGCCACUUCUCGCCCACAGAAGGCGCCAUCACCGUGGCCGGCCUUGACAUGAGCACAGGCGCUGGUUCUCGCAGGGCGCGGACGCGGACGGGUUACUGCCCCCAGGACAACGCAUUGCUGGAGAUGAUGACGACCCGCGAGCACUUGUUCUUCUACUCGAACCUGAAGGGGGUGCCGUCUGCCGCCAUCCCCAAGGUGGUCGAGGCGAAGCUGGAGCAGCUUGGCCUCGCGAGUUUCGCGGACAACUACGCCGCGAACCUGUCGGGCGGCAACAAGCGGAAGCUGAUGGUCGCGUGCGCACUGAUCGGUGACCCUCCGAUCAUCUUGGCCGACGAGCCAUCGGCAGGAAUGGACCCGGUGGCGCGGCGCUUCAUGUGGGGCGUGCUCCAGAACGUGUCAGCUCGGCGGAAACGCAGCAGCGUGCUCCUGUCCACGCACUCCAUGGAGGAGUGUGAGGCUCUCUGCGCCCGGUCCGCCAUCAUGGUCAACGGGGUCUUCCGGACCAUCGGGUCCAACCGGGAGAUCCGUGCACGCUACGGCGGCGCCUACGAGCUCAUGUGCAAGGUCAGCCGGCCGACCGAUGCGCAGUUGGAGGCUCUUACGUCGAAGUGGGGGCAGCCCGAGGACGCACGGCUGGGCAAGCGAUGGGCGGCUGAGGCGAUGAAGGACAAUGAGUUCAUCGUGGCUGCCCUAGACGGGCCGAGCAGCCCCUUCGUCGACGCCAGCGCCGCCGUCGCCCCCAAGGUUUUGGCGGAGUGGUGGAUCAAUACAGCCCGCUUCCAGAACCUCCAUGCCUUCGUGCCCAGCAUGUGCUACAGUGCUGAGAUCGUCGAGUGGCAAGGCCCCAUGUCCCAGUACAAGAUCUGGAGCCAUAGCAGCCUUGGGGACCUCUUCACCCAAAUGGAGGAGAGAAAGGAUUCACUGGAGGUCACGGAGUACUCGCUGUCCGCAACGACGUUGGAGCAGAUCUUCAACAGCUUCGCCCGUCAGCAGGAGGGGCAGGACAGGCUUGAGGCAAGCGAGCAGCAGCCGGCUCACGCUGCGCACGAUCUCAGUCGUUUCCUGGCGAUUGCGCGGGGCAAAGCUAAGGUGGUCCCCGUUGCUGGGCCUACCGCCGACAUGAUCACCGCCAUGACGAAGCCUUUGGAUGGCCAGCACGUCUCGAUCUUCGUGGUGGACAACUCCAAACUGAAAGCAGUCACACCAGGACUGGGCUACCGCACCGCGAAGGACCUGGGCGCCAUGGCCAGCGCCGAGGCGUUCGUGGGCGCGGCAUGGGGCUCCACAGUGCAGGGCGUGGAGACCGGGGACGGUUGGCUUCAGGUCGGCCAGUGGUAUCUGCCGCUCAAGGUGCGGAGGAGGGGCCAGUCGAGACACCAGCGGCCCUCCCCCUCGGAGAUCUUGACGUCUCAAUUCUUGAUGCUUCGCGUCUCCCCACCAGCCCAUCCAACAACAGACACCAGGUGA